GACCAAGUCGGGCAUUUACCUACCUAGCAAUCGAUCGUGUUGGACAUGGGGUUCUGCCACGAGAGGUUUUGGGAUUUCAACCUGACAACUCAUGACGUCAGGCCAGAUUUUACCCCCUGCUUUCACCACACGGUGUUGGUUUACAUUCCGUGCGCUUUCUUUUGGCUUUUCGUGCGCUUUUACGCAACCCUGUUCUGGACGCAUCGGAACGACAGAUUGUGCCUGUCUUUGAAAUUCCCUCUCUUUUCUGCUCGUGUUAUUGUUGCCGUCGCAUUGGCCGUGAUUCAGAUCGCCAAUCUCUUGAACAUUGCCCAACAUGGUGCCCGGCCCUCCGGUGAAUGGUUGGCGUCCCUCAUUUUCAUUGGCACCUUUGCCUUGGAGACGUGUGCCACGUUUGUCCACCAUCAGGAGGGCCACGCCCGAUCGUUUAUCCAGCUCUUCUUUUGGUUGAUCCUCAUGGUGUUCCAGGUUCCAACCUUGGUAUCCGCCAUUCAGGUUUUUUACAUGCAUGACUCAGGACAAGUCUAUGAGUUGAGUCGGGCCGGGAUUCAGUUCGUGUUUUUCUCGUUCAUCUUGUCCGGGCUUAUUCUUCAGUUUUUCUCGGAGGCCUCGAACACUGAAAACACCUUGGGGAGUUCAGAGCUCAACGCUUCGGCUCCGUCACUUCUACUUUUCACAUGGUUGAACCCAUUGAUUUGGAGUGGCUUCAAAACUCCGCUACUGAAGAGUUCUGUGCCAGACUUGGGCCAAGAUCUCCAGGUUCAAACUAUCACUGGCAAAUUUAAUAGACACUUCACAGUUGACCGCGUCAACAUCAGACGGCUUGGCCAAAGAAAUGGAGCGUACAGCUCAACAGGAAGUGAACAUAAAGUGGACAGCGAAGCAGACAUAGGGAAUGCUGACGUGGUCACAGUUGAUUUAGAGACAUGUCUCGUGCAGACGGACAAGCCUCAAAUUGAAAGGGCUUUGAUUAAAGCCUUUGGAAAAAGGUUCUUCCAAUCCGUGCUGUUGAAAGUGCUCCAAGAUGUCUUGAAGUUCAUUGCCCCUCAGAUCCUGAAGAACCUCAUAAGGUUUGCUCAAUCCACCAACGAUCCAGAGCAAGGAGUUUGGAAAGGUUACUUUUGGGCCUGCUUGUUGUUCAGCGUCAACCUGGUUCAAAUCCUGGUACUUCAACAGUAUUGGAAGCAAUGUUACCAUGCUGGCAUGGAGAUGAAAACUGCCACGGUCACUGCGAUAUACAAAAAGUCCCUGAGACUCUCCAACUCUGCUCGGAGACAGUACACUCUGGGGCAGAUUUUGAAUCUCAUGGCCUCAGAUGCAUCCACUAUUGAAGAAGUUCUCCCUCGACUCAACAUGGUUUGGUCAAUGCCGUUCCAGAUCAUUUUGGCGGUUUUCUUCCUCUAUCAAGAACUCGGUCCCUCUGUGUUCAGUGGCGUGGUCAUCUUGCUGAUACUAAUUCCAUUCAACAUGGUCACAAGUCGAUAUGAUCGGAAGUUUCAGUCUGCGUACAUGAAGGUCAAGGAUCAAAGGAUCAGAUCCAUGUAUGAGAUCCUCAGCAACAUUAAGAUCAUCAAGUUCAACACGUGGGAAGAAGCCUUCGCCGACAAAGUGCUGUCCCUUCGUACUCACGAGCUGAAAUUUCUGAAAAAGAAGGCCACCCUCCAAGCCUUCAUCAAUUUUGUGUUCGGCUCUGCUCCAAUCUUGGUGACCCUGGCCAGCUUUGCCACUUACGUGUCGGUCAGCUCAAGCCACCACCUGACAGCAGAGAAGGUUUUUGUUUGCAUUGCUCUCUUCAACCUUCUGAGACUUCCAAUGCAUCUUCUCCCGUGGUCCAUCACAGAGACACUGAGACUUGUUGUGAGCAUCAAGCGGAUCAACCAGUUCUUCGAAACCAAGGAUCUUGAGCCAACUCCGGUGAAGUUAGCCAGAUGCAGCCCUCAUCUAAAGUACUCAAUUAAAAUAGAAAAUGGACACUUCGGUUGGGAAGAGGCAGGUCCAUUAUCAUCGGCUAUUCUGAAGAAUAUCACCGUUUGUGUCCCUCAAGGCUGCUUGGUGGCAGUGGUGGGCCAAGUGGGCUCGGGCAAGUCCACCCUGCUUGCAGCCAUUUUGGGUGAAGCUGAGAGGCUUGAAGGUGAAGUUUGUGUGAAUGGUAGCACCAUUGCUUACGUCAGUCAAGAGGCUUGGAUUCAGAAUGCCUCAGUGAAGAACAACAUCAUCUUUGCCAAAGACAAACCAGAUCAUCAGUGGUACAAACAGGUUAUUGAAGCUUGCUCGUUGGAGCAGGACCUUCAUCAACUGAUGGAUGGUGACCAAACGUUGAUUGGCGAGAAGGGGAUCAAUCUAUCCGGUGGUCAAAAGCAAAGGAUUGCCAUUGCCCGAGCAGCCUACUCUUCCGCCGACAUUUUCCUUUUGGACGACCCUUUAUCAGCAUUGGAUUCUCAAACUGCCAGCCACGUCUUUGAACAGGUUUUAAGCAACAAUGGGAUUCUAAGGCAUUCAACGCGAGUAUUGGCCACUCACAACACAUCUAUUCUAAGCCAAGCUGACCUUGUUGCCGUUUUGAAGGAUGGAGAAGUGGCAAAGUUUGGCCCACCAGGCAAGGUCAUGACUUCAUCAUUGGAAAUAUCACGUUUAGUGAAGUCUCUGGAGGAAGAAGAACAAAACAAAUCGAAGCCUGAAGAGGACCAAAAAGAAGACACGAACAAGUUUGAUAAGCUCAAAAAACCCUCGGCGAAGGAUAAAAAAGAGACUGCCUUGGCGCAAAGGUUGAAAGACGAAGACGUUCUGACCGGCAGAGUGAAAGGGCAAGCCUACCAAAAGUAUCUGAGAGCCUUGGGCAUUCCCUUGUGCGUGCUCAUCCUUGGCCUUUUCAUGGCCAAUCAAGCAAUUUCCACUGGAACCACGAUUUGGUUGGCAGCUUGGUCCGACCAUAACUCACAUGUCCUGAGUGAUUCUGAGGCCAAUGUUAACUCAUCCUCCAGCCUAAAGAGGGAGCCAGCCAAUGGUUUGUACAUUGGGGUAUUGGGCGCCUUUGGAGGCGCUCAAGCUGUCUUGAGCUUCUUGAGGAACCUUGUGUUCUUUCUAGCCUGUGCCAGGGGCAGUAAAAUCAUUCACAAUUCCUUGUUUGGUGUGAUAAUUCGGGCCAAAACAAGAUUUUUCGACAUCACUCCAACGGGAAGUAUCAUGAACCGGUUUGCAGCUGAUUUAAACGUAGUGGAUCAACCCUUGCCCAAUGCUUUAUCGAGCUUUCUCUUCACCUUCAUGGAAGUCACUUCCGUGCUAAUCGUCAUUAGCAUCACCACACCCAUCUUCAUGAUUAUCAUAGUGCCCUUGGUUCUGGUCUACACCUUCCUGAUUCGGGUGUACAUUCCGAGCUCUCGCCAGCUCCAGCGGUACGUGUCCAGUACCAAAUCUCCCAUCAACCUUCACUUCAGCGAGACUAUCCAAGGGAUCUCGACCAUCCGAGCCUUUCAACACGAGAAGAUAUUCAAUGACGAGUUUGAAUCUCGAGUGCAAGAAUACCUCCGUUUCCAAUACACUUCCGCAAUGGCCACUCGUUGGUUGAGUUUGCGUAGUGAAGCCCUCGGGAACAUUGUGGUUUUGGUCGCUGCUCUGGUGGCAGUGGCUCAGAGGAAUAUCUUGACCGCUGGAUGGGUGGGCUUAAGCAUCACUUAUGCCCUGAGUGUCACCGAAACGUUCAAUUGGGUCCUUCAAAACGGUAGUAAACUGGAGGAGCAAGCCGUCAAUUUGGAGCGAAUCCGCGAGACAGAGGAGCACGCGCCUUUGGAGCGGCCGUGGCAAAAGCCAAGUGCCGAUCCCAAAGAUCGCCGAUGGGUGAAAAAGGGGGACAUCGAGUUCCGCAACCUCACUCUCGCUUACGACGAACAUCUCGAACCAGUUCUCAAGGGCAUCAACCUAAGCAUAAAAUCCGGCGAGAAAGUCGGCGUCUGUGGACGAACAGGGGCCGGGAAGAGCUCUUUGGCAGUGGCACUCCUGAAUUUGGUAGAUUCUUGGAGUGGUCAAAUGUUCUUAGACGGGAUUGACGUCCGGCCGUUGGGUCUUCACUCCCUUCGAUCUCAAAUCACAAUGAUUCCUCAAGACCCUGUCAUGUUCAAAGGGACCAUCAGACAGAACAUUGACCCUUUUAACAAAUUCAAGGACGAUGCCAUCUGGGAUAGCCUCGCCAAUUGUCACAUGGAUACUCAUAUCGAACGCUUUUCCGCCGGUCUUGAGCACCAAGUUGAAGAGGGUGGGUCCAAUUUCUCAGUGGGUCAAAAACAGUUGAUUUGCCUGGCAAGAGCGUUACUCAAAGACAAUACAAUCGUGUUUCUUGACGAGGCGACAGCUUCCAUGGAUGCCGAGACUGAUAAGACGAUACAGGAGACUCUUUUCCGAGAGUUGGAAGGAAAGACUUUGAUUACCAUUGCUCAUCGCCUAAACACCGUCUUGAACUAUGAUAAAAUCCUGGUUCUUGAUGAAGGCCAAGUGGUGGAGUUUGACACACCGCAACACCUUUUGAGCGAUGAAAACUCGCAUUUUUAUGCUAUGAUCCAUCAGUCAAAAGGCAGCCUUGAGUAACAGGGAAAUUAUGCAAGCGAUAAAGCUUACUCUGCACGUGUAUAUGUGUGUAAGUAUGUAAAUAAAGAAUAGAGCAUCCGA